UGGGUGACGCGUGGCGCAUGCGCAGAAGGGGCCUCGGGCGGCCGGGCUGCGGGAAGCCGCCUCCGGGGAGCCCUCCGGCCUCCUCCGCCAUGGCGUCCAUCCUCGAUGAGUACGAAGACUCGCUGUCCCGCUCCGCCGUGGUGCAGCCGGGUCACCCCACGCUGGGCAUCCCUCACUCCGGGUUUGUGACCGCCCAGCUGGAGAAGGAGGCUCCCAUCUUCACCAAGCAGCGGAUCGACUUCACCCCGCCGGAACGCAUCACCAGCCUGGUGGUCUCCUGCAACCAGCUUUGCAUGAGCCUGGGCAAGGACACGCUGCUCCGCAUCGACCUGGGCAAAGCCAACGAGCCCAACCAGUUGGAGCUGGGGCGCAAGGAUGAAGCGAAAGUUCACAAGAUGUUCUUGGACCACACGGGCUCCCACCUCCUCAUUGCCCUGAGCAGCGCCGAAGUCCUCUACGUGCACCGCAACGGACAGAAGGUACGGCCGCUGGCCCGCUGGAAGGGGCACGUGGUGGAGAGCGUGGGCUGGAACAAGGCGCUGGGCACGGAGAGCGGCACGGGGCCCAUCCUGGUGGGCACGGUCCAGGGCCAGAUCUUCGAGGCGGAGCUGUCGGCCAGCGAGGGCGGCCUCUUCGGGCCGGCCCCGGACCUCUGCUUCCGCCCGCUGUAUACGCUGAUGGAGGAGGGGGGCCCGGCGCCCGUGUGCUGCCUGGAGGCGGAGCGCGGCGUGGACGGGCGGGGCUUCGUCCUGGCCACCACCCGCCAGCGCCUCUUCCAGUUCGCCGGCCCGCGGGCCGCGGGGGAGGGCGGGAGCGAGGCGCCGGGCUUCGGGGCCCUGUUCGCCACCUUCGCCGACCACCCGCCCCCGUUCCGCGAGUUCCCCGGCAGCCUGGGCUACAGCGAGCUGGCCCUGUACACCCCCAAGCUGCGCUCGGCGCCCCGGGCCUUCGCCUGGAUGAUGGGGGACGGCGUCCUGUACGGGGCGCUGGACUGCGGCCGCCCGGACGCCCCGCUGAGCGAGGAGCGGGUGUGGGAGUACCCGGCGGGCGUGGGCCCCGGGGCCAGCCCGCCCCUGGCCAUCGCCCUGACCCAGUUCCACUUCCUGCUGCUGCUGGCGGACCGGGUGGAGGCGGUGUGCACGCUGACGGGGCAGGUGGUCUUGCGGGACCACUUCCUGGACAAGUUCGGGCCGCUGCGGGGCAUGGCGAAGGACGCGGCCACGGGCCAGCUGUGGGCCCACACGGAGCGGGCCGUCUUCCGCUACCACGUGCGGCGCGAGGCCCGCGACGUCUGGCGCACCUACCUGGACAUGAACCGCUUCGACCUGGCCAAGGAGUACUGCCGCGAGCGGCCCGACUGCCUGGACGCCGUGCUGACCCGCGAGGCCGACUUCUGCUUCCGCCAGCGCCGCUACCUGGACAGCGCCCGCUGCUACGCGCUGACGCAGAGCUACUUCGAGGAGAUCGCCCUCAAGUUCCUGGGGGCCCGGCAGGAGGCGGCCCUGGCCGAGUUCCUGCAGCGCAAGCUGGCCGGGCUGAAGCCGGCCGAGCGCACGCAGGCCGCCCUGCUGACCGCCUGGCUGACGGAGCUCUUCCUCAGCCGGCUCGGGGCCCUGCGGGGCCGGCCGGAAGACCGGGCCCUCUACCUGGAGGCGCGCGAGCAGUUCCGGGCCUUCCUGUCCAGCCCCCGCCACAAGGAGUGGCUGCUGGCCGGCCGGGCCCUGGUCCACGAGCUGCUGGCCAGCCACGGAGACACGGAGCACAUGGUGUUCUUUGCCGUGGUCACGCAGGACUACGGGCGCGUGGUGGCCCACCACUGCCAGCACGAGGCCUACGAGGAGGCCCUAGCCGUGCUGGCCCGCCACCGGGACCCCCAGCUCUUCUACAAGUUCUCGCCCGUCCUCAUCCGCCACACGCCCCGCCAGCUGGUGGACGCCUGGAUCGCCCAGGGCCCCCGCCUGGACGCCCGCCAGCUCAUCCCGGCCCUGGUCAACUCGUCCGGCCCGGCCGGCGAGGCCCAGUCCGUCGGCCAGGCCAUCCGCUACCUGGAGUUCUGCGUGCACGAGCUGGGCGAGACCGACCAGGCCAUCCACAACUACCUGCUGUCGCUCUAUGCCCGCGGCCGGCCCGACGCCCUGCUGGGCUACCUGGUGCAGGAGGGCACCAGCCCCCACCGCGUGCACUACGACCUCAAGUACGCCCUGCGGCUCUGCGCCGAGCACGGCCACCGCCGCGCCUGCGUGCACGUGUACAAGGUGCUGGAGCUCUACGAGGAGGCCGUGGACCUGGCCCUGCAGGUGGACGUGGACCUGGCCAAGGAGUGCGCGGACCUGCCCGAGGACGACGAGGAGCUGCGCAAGAAACUGUGGCUGAAGAUCGCCCGGCACGUGGUGCAGGAGGAGGAGGACGUGAAGACGGCCAUGGCCUGCCUGGCCAGCUGCCCGCUGCUGAAGAUCGAAGACGUGCUGCCCUUCUUCCCGGACUUCGUCACCAUCGACCACUUCAAGGAGGCCAUCUGCGGCUCCCUGCAGGCCUACAACCGGCACAUCGACGAGCUGCAGCGCGAGAUGGAGGAGGCCACGGCCAGCGCCCAGCGCAUCCGCCACGACCUGCAGGAGCUGCGCGGCCGCUACGGGGCCGUGGAGCCCCAGGACAAGUGCGCGGCCUGCGACUUCCCCCUGCUCAACCGCCCCUUCUACCUCUUCCUCUGCGGCCACAUGUUCCACGGCGACUGCCUGCUGCAGGCCGUGCGCCCGGGCCUGCCCGCCUACAAGCAGGCCCGGCUGGAGGAGCUGCAGCGCAAGCUGGGGGCCGCCGCGCCCCCGCCCCUCGCCCCCAAGGGCGCGGCCCGGGCCAAGGAGGCCGAGGCCGGGGCCGCGGGGGGCACCCCGGCGCCCGACCAGCUGCGCGCCGAGCUGGAGGCGCUGGUGGCCGCCGAGUGCGUGUACUGCGGGGAGCUGAUGAUCCGCUCCGUCGACCGCCCGUUCAUCGACCCCCAGCACUACGAGGAGGAGCGGCAGAGCUGGCUCUGAGGGGCGCCGAGGCCCCGGGGGGCGGCCCGGCGGCCCCUCCGCCUCCCCUGCGGCCGGGCCUCCCUCGGAGGGCCGGAUU